AUGCACGUAUGGAAGUGUUCUCAUGCUAACUCGUAUGAAUACGUACAACAGGCGUUGGUUCCUGGAUGUGGACGAGGAUACGACGUCUUUGAGUUUGCUCGAUUCGGUUACACGGCCCUGGGUAUCGACUUGUCGACGACCGCGGUGCAUGAAGCGACCAAGUUGAAAGAUGAGAUCUCUGCAAAGGAAAAGCUGCCGGGCGACGCAAGCUUCUCCCUGCAGAACUUCUACGAGCUCCAGCCGCCGAAAGAAGGUUUUGACAUCAUAUGGGAUUACACGUUUCUUUGCGCCAUGCCGCCGGAAUUCAGAGAGAAAUGGGCAAAGAACAUGAGACGACUCAUCGCACCAGACGGCGAGCUUGUCACCUUGAUCUAUCCUCUAGGGGAUUACGAGGGAGGGCCUCCCUACGCCAUGUCGCGCGAGCUGGUCAGCAGCCUCCUCGAACCUCAGGCACUCUCCUCGAAGCUGAGAAAAGACGAUGACGUGGUGCAGGGGUUCGAGUCGACUUACAUGGAGCCGGUGACCGGAGGUCUGAGCCACCCGAGCAGGGAAGGAAAGGAGGUCUGUUCAGUGUGA